CAAAAGCUGCCUUUGCUUGUAACUCAUUCUGGCAAAACUACCAUGAACCUCAAGGCUGUCCUCAUUAUUUUAGCUUUGGCUCUUGCCACUAUAUUGGCUUUGGUGUGUGUUCUUCUCUCCGGAUCAUCAAAGUCCAAUAACAAUUGUAACUCUCAAAAACAACAUGGGAGUCUCAGGACCCAUGUUGGACAGCAAAAGUCAAAUGACCAAAGCUUUGUUUUUGCUGAUCUAGACCAAGAAGAAUUUUCCCAGGUUGUUAAGUAUCUACAGAAGAGCCUUGAUACAGAAUUGGUCAAUGCAGCUGAAGCCAGUCCUACAGAUAACUGCAUUUAUUACAUUGAUGUCAAAUAUCCUUCAAAGAAAGAGGUACUAGAUUAUUUAGAUAAAGGAGGCUCUAAGCCAAAACGUGAAGCGCUUGCUGUGGUUUUCUUUGGAGAUCAAAGAGAUCCAAAUAUUACCGAAUAUGUGGUUGGGCCUCUACCAAAUCCAACAUACCACACAGAUAUUACUUUAGAGAAAUAUAAACAUAAGCUACCUUAUUAUCGAAGACCUGUAAUCGGAAAAGAGUAUGUUGAUGCUUAUGACUUGGUGUAUAACAAGGAGUUUUCUACUACACCCAACUUUCUAAGUGAUGUUUUUGGCUAUGAUGGGACAAAUUUUGCAGCUCUCACAACAGUCCCAAGGGGAUUUAAAUCUGGAGACAGAAGCACAUGGUUUGUACUGUUUCACAAUGUGAGUGGCAGCUGUUUUGCAGUCUACCCAGUUGGAUUGGAGAUACUUGUGGAUCACAAAAGUUUGGAUGUUUCCAAAUGGAAAGUUACUAAAGUAUUCUAUAAUGGUGUAUAUUACUCAAACAUGGCUGAUCUAGAGAACCAGUACAAUGCUGGGAAAGUCAUAGUGGUAAAAAUGAGUCAUGUGCAACCAGAAGAUGAAAUUGGUUCUAUGAAUCCAAAAGUUACUCCAAUAUUUGGGGCACCCAUGCAGUUUGAACCAACUGGUGCUCGUUAUAUUAUCAAUAAAAAUCAGGUGACCUUCCAGUCAUGGAGCUUUGCCUUUGGGUUAAAUGUGAACUCAGGUUUACGUCUUUUUGACAUCAGAUUUAAUGGGGAACGUAUUGUUUAUGAACUGAGCACUCAAGAGGCCAUUGCAAUUUAUGGUUCUAACUCCCCUGGUGGGAUGAUCACAAGGUAUAUGGAUGGGAGCUUUGGUAUUGGAAGAUUUUCCUUUGAAUUGGUUCGAGGUGUCGAUUGUCCUUAUCUAGCAACAUAUAUUGAUGCCCACUACCUUAUGGAAUCUCAAACUUCUGAAACAACCAAGAAUGCCAUAUGUAUUUUUGAGCAAAACUCUGGUGUACCACUUCGUCGUCACUAUUCCAACAUGCACUCUAUGUAUUAUGGAGGACUUGCCAGUACUGUUUUGAUCAUUAGAGCUGUAUCCACUCUUAUUAAUUAUGAUUAUGUUUGGGAUUUUAUUUUUUACCAAAAUGGCGUAAUCGAGGCCAAAAUGCAUGCAACAGGUUAUAUCAGCACUUCAUUCUACUAUGCAGAUGGACUGGACUAUGGCUCAAAGGUUGGCAAAAACACCUUGGGGACCAUUCACACCCAUUUUAUCAACUACAAAGUUGAUAUGGAUGUUGGAGGAACUGAAAAUUCAUUUAUGACCCAAGACAUGAAGUUUAACCCCACAGAAAUCCCCUGGCAUCCAGAUACCACUAUACAGCGACCUAAGGUUGUACGUGAAGUGCUGAACACAGAAAAUCAAGCUGCCUUUGAGAUGAAUGCAAAGAUCCCUCGAUAUCUUCACUUCAUCAGCAACAAGACCAAUAAGUGGGGUCACCCUCGCUCCUACAGGAUCCAGAUGGUUAGCUUUUCUGGGGACUUUUUACCAUUGGAGAGUCCAGUAGAACAAUCAAUGGGAUGGGCCAGGUACAAGUUAGCAGUAACCAGACGCAAAGAAGACGAAAAAGAGAGUAGUUCCAUCUUCAACCAAAAUGACCCUUGGUCUCCAAGUGUGAAGUUCUCCGAUUUCGUAAAUAAUGAGACAAUCAAGAAUGAGGAUCUAGUAGCAUGGGUUACUGCUGGUUUUCUUCAUAUUCCACACUCAGAAGACCUUCCUAACACAGCUACACCUGGAAAUGGUGUUGGCUUUUUUCUCAGACCUUACAACUACUUUGAUUUGGAUCCUUCUAUCUACUCAUCAGAUGGAGUAUACUUCAGAAGUGACCAGGACUACACCUCAUGUGAGGUCAAUCAAAUUGCCUGCUUGUCCAAGACUGCUUCUUGUUCACCCAAUAUCCCACCUUUCACAUACAAUGGUUUCAAGUAUGUUGUGAAUUUGUAAGGUAACAGGUACUUCCAGAAGCAGAAGGACUUAGCAAGGUUCAUUUGCAGACAUAUAUUUUAUAAUCUAUAUUAUUUGUAUCUACUGUUUAUACUGGAUAAUGAAAACUGUUAAGAACUGAAUUUCUAUCAAACCCUAUCAAAUUAUAGUUAUAAACUGUUUAUAUUACAUUGGAAGAGCUUGACACCAAGAUCCCACUGGAGUAUAAUUUAUCAGCAUUUCCUUCAUAGGUAGAAAUGUAUAAUAUUUGAACUAGAUCUGUUUGCGCAUGAUUCAGUUAAUUCUCAUUUACAUCUGCUUCACAUUGAGAUAAGGAUUGUAUUUUCAGAAAAAAGGUGACAGGUACAAAACAAGUUUUGGAAAAGAUAUGUAUUCCCUUGAGGUAGCACAGGGGCAUGAAGAAAGUAACAGGCCUGGGGAGGUAAACUGCAGAAUAUAAAGAAAUAAUGCUAUCAAAGAGGUGAUAUAGAACAGACCUUUUACACACUGCAAUACAAUAUUAAUACAUCUUAUUAGUGUGUCAUGGGUCAGAUAGUGCAUGCAAUUUGUUGAAAAUCAUACCAAGUAGGCUCAGGAGCAGGAAUGCACCCUGUCAUUGGCUGACCAGAUGUGUUUAUCUAGCUCCCAGUAGUUCAUUGCUGCUCUAGAGCUGAUUUUAACUAUGUGUUUAACCUCUUUGCAUGGUUAAAGACAUAGGGGUUGAUCAAAUUCUAUUGUUUGAAAACUUUUGUCAUGUAAAUAGCCUUUUCUGAUGUCCCCCCAAUCUCAAACAGAAAUUUUCCGUUUAUUGGCAGCACCUUUUUCAAUAAAGAUUUGGUAAAAAAUUUUUUUACCUAUACUUAACAUCUGCUUGGCAGAUCACAAUGCAAAGUGUCAAUAUGUAACUAUACCCCUAUACUAAUAAUGCCUCUUAAAGACAUACACACAUAUCUCUAUGAUUUUGUAUUCACAACAGAUUAAGGGCUAGAUUACAAGUGGAGCACUAGCUAAUGCUCCCGCUCAAGUGUUAACUGUGCUAGAAGUAAGCUUUUUGCGCAUGUCAGGUUGUGCUCUUAUUAUAAGUUGAAAGUAAACUGUUUUCACUCAAGGGCUAACCGAAUGCGAACAAAAAUCCAAACUUAGAAUAUUGCGCUCGCAAUAACGUAUUCCCCAAUAGAAGUUAAAGGAGCAAAAAAAGUGGAAAAGAGGCUACCACCAGUCAACUGCGCUAACCCAACAUGAAAAUAUGAAUAUUUCACAUUCCAAUGUUAUGCACAUAGCAGAAUAUGUUCUAUUUAUUCAUCAAAACAUAUUUCUACAUGUAUCUGAUGGUA